AUGUGGGAAAUGCUCAACCAGGAUGUGGACGAGUGCGCCGGCGCGCCGGGCGUGUGCGACGGCGGCGAGUGCUCCAACACGGUGGGCGGCUACUUCUGCACGUGCCCCCGCGGCUUCGUCUCCUCCGGCGACGGCUCCCGCUGCAUCGACCAGCGCGUGGGCACGUGCUUCGCGAGCCUGCUGGGCGGCCGCUGCGGAGGCGAGCUGCCGUCGCCGCUCACCAAGACGCAGUGCUGCUGCGAGACGGGCCGCUGCUGGGCCGCCGGCGGGCUGCCCGAGAUGUGUCCCGUGCGGGGCUCCGAUGAGUUCCGCCGGCUCUGCAUCGAGGGUGCACCCGUGGGACCGGGUGUUGGCCCCGGCGGGGGCCCUUUCGGUCCUCACCCGGGAGGCCCCUACAGCCCCUACGGGCCAGGCCUGGGCCCCAACGGGGGGCCCUUGGAUCCGAGCGGCCCCAACGGGGUUCCCUACCGCCCGGGCGUCAACGGCAACGGCGUGCCGGGAGGGCCCCUUCGCGUUCCGGACAUCGUGACGCUGAACCAGACGCUGGACAUCUGCAAGCACUACACCAACCUGUGCCUCAACGGCCGCUGCGUGCCCACGCCGGGCAGCUACCGCUGCGAGUGCAACGUGGGUUUCAAGCAGGACCUCCGCGGCGAGUGCAUCGACGUCGACGAGUGUGGCAGCGGGCCCUGCAGCCACGGCGACUGCAUCAACACGCCGGGCUCCUUCCAGUGCCGCUGCCACACCGGCUUCCAGGUCAACCCGGCCAAGCCGGCCUGCAUCGACAUCGACGAGUGCAUCCACAAUGGGCAGCUGUGCCGCAACGGGCGCUGCGUCAACACCGAGGGCAGCUUCCAGUGCAUCUGCAACGCCGGCUUCGACCUCACGGCGGACGGCAAGAACUGCGUCGACCACGACGAAUGCGCGACGACCAACAUGUGCCUCAACGGGAUGUGCAUCAACGAGGACGGCAGCUUCAAGUGCAUCUGCAAGCCGGGCUUCUCGUUGGCGCCCAACGGCCGCUACUGCGUCGACAUCGACGAGUGCCAGACGCCGGGCAUCUGCAUGAACGGGCGCUGCGUGAACAGCGAGGGAUCCUUCCGCUGCGAGUGUCCCCCGGGCCUCGUCAUCGGCAUGGACGGCCGCAUCUGCGUCGACACGCACAUGCGCAGCACGUGCUACGGCGCCAUCAAGAAGGGCGUGUGCGUGCGCCCGUUCCCGGGCGCCGUCACCAAGUCGGAGUGCUGCUGCGCCAGCACGGAGCACGGCUUCGGGGAGCCGUGCCUGCCCUGCCCCGCCAAGAACUCCGCGGAGUUCCAGUCCUUGUGCGGCAGCGGCCUCGGCAUCACGGCCGACGGCAGAGAUAUUAACGAGUGCGCCCUGGACCCGGACAUCUGCCCCAACGGCAUGUGCGAGAAUCUGCGAGCGACCUACCGCUGCAUGUGCAACUCGGGGUACGAGUCGGACAUCUCCGGCAAGAGCUGCGUGGACGUGGACGAGUGCUCGCGCAACUCGCUGCUGUGCGACAACGGGCUGUGCCGCAACACGCCGGGCAGCUACUCCUGCUCCUGCCCCACCGGCUACGUCUUCAACUCCGAGUCGGAGACCUGCGAGGACGUGAACGAGUGCGAGGGGGGCCCGUGCGUGAACGGCGUGUGCAAGAACACGGCGGGCUCGUACGUGUGCGAGUGCUCCAUGGGCACCAAGGUGGACGCCACGGGCACCGUGUGCAUCGACAGCAUCAAGGGCACCUGCUGGAUGCAGAUCCUGGACAACCGCUGCGAGGUGAACAUCAACGGCGGCACCAUGAAGUCGGAGUGCUGCGCCACGCUGGGGGCCGCGUGGGGCAGCCCAUGCGAGCCCUGCGAGCUCGACCCCGCCUGCCCGCGUGGCUUCUCCCGCUCCAAGAGCGUCAACUGCGAGGACGUGAACGAGUGCGACGUCUUCCCGGGCGUCUGUCCCAACGGCGCUGCGUGA